UCACGUCGUCACUGCCUUGGUUACAACUGCCAGGAAGACAGAAAAGAUUUCCCAACUUGGUUACCAUGUCCGCCCGGACACAGUAGUGCUCGUUUUGCAGAUUUUAGCAGUUCGUUUGGACAGUUUUAAGAUAACUUGAAGCGACGGAAGUUGUGUUUUAGACCAUAAGGGAGAAAAAGAGUGCAGGUCAAGGCGGAAAAUGGGUAAAAGACAGGAGACAAAUCCGGACUCUGAGUACGGAGAACCUGCUCAGUUUGAUCCAACAUUCAAAGGGCCCAUAAGGAAAAGAGGAUGCACUGAUAUAAUCUGCUGUAUCCUGUUUAUGGCUGUCAUCCUCGGCUACGCAGUAGUUGGGAUUUUAGCUUGGCUCUAUGGAGAUCCUCGGCAUGUUCUUUAUCCGAGGAACUCAACCGGAUGGUUCUGUGGCACUGGGCCGAAUAAAGACCGACCCAACUUGUUUUACUUCGACAUUCUCAAAUGUGCCACAUCGUUUAAUGUGAUGGCGACUGCUCUUAAUGGCUUUCAGUGUCCGACCAAGCAGGUGUGCGUGGAGAGCUGCCCCACCACCUUCUGGGCUGUGCCAGUACAGUCAUAUUUUAAAGAGCCAGCAGAAGUUUUCAAUCAAAGCCUCUGUGUGCCAUCCAUAGACCUGACAACAACUAAGCUGAGCGUUCAAGACAUUGUGAGCCAGGAGCUGUGUCCUUUCUUCCACAUUCCCACAACCUCUGUGCUGGGGAGAUGCUUGCCUGACAUCGCGGCACUGGGAGAGAUACCUUCAUACUUUUCCGAUGUUCCCGGCUUGCCCUCAACAGUCAAUGACACAGUCAACAUAAUCAAGAAUGGCACUGGGGACAUCGUGAAUGGCUUCAAUGCCAGAGAGAUCGGCGUCCGAAUCUUUGAGGAUUUUGCUUCGUCAUGGCCGUGGAUCCUUAUUGGCCUGCUGAUUGCCAUGGUGGUCAGUAUGCUGUUCCUGUUGCUGCUGAGAUUCACUGCCCCCGUCAUGGUGUGGGUGCUCAUCAUAGGAGUCCUGGGCGCCGGUGCAUAUGGGAUAUGGCACUGCUACUGGGAGUAUGAUAACCACAAGCAAGCCUCGGCCUCCAUAACUGACAUCGGUUUCACCACCAACUUCAACGUUUAUCUGCAAGUCCAGGAGACCUGGCUGGCCUUCUUGAUAAUCAUAUCUGUGGUGGAGGCGAUCCUUCUCCUGACGCUCAUCUUCCUGCGGACCAGAAUCCUCAUCGCCAUCGCCGUCAUCCAGGAGUCCAGCAAGGCUAUCAGUCACAUGAUGUCCUCUCUGCUGUACCCUCUGGUCACUUUCGUUCUCCUGGUGGUGUGUGUUGCUUACUGGGGAGCCACUGCUUUAUAUUUGGCCACCUCAGGGGAGCCGAUCUACAGAGUGGUGGCUCUCAACUCCAUUGAGGCGGGCUGUAAGGAUAUCAAUGGCUCUGUGACCUGUGACCCUCAGAACUUCACCUCAUCGGAGUACCCAGGCUGCCCCUCAGCCAGCUGCAUCUUCAUCAAAUACAACGACGAGGGUCUCUUCCAGAGGAACCUCUUCAACCUGCAGAUCUACAACUUUGUGGCUUUUCUCUGGUGCGUCAACUUCGUCAUCGCCUUGGGCCAGUGUACGCUGGCGGGGGCCUUUGCCUCCUACUACUGGGCCUUCACCAAACCAGAUGAUAUCCCCAUGUUCCCGCUGACGGCUAGCUUCAUACGCUCACUCAGGUACCACGUGGGCUCCCUGGCAUUCGGUGCUUUGAUCCUGACCCUGGUGCAGAUAGUGAGGAUCAUUCUGGAGUACAUUGACCACAAAACAAGAUCGGCACAGAAUCCAUGUGCUCGUUUCAUACUGUGCUGCUUGAAGUGCUGCUUCUGGUGUCUGGAGAAGUUCAUCAAGUUCCUCAACAGGAACGCUUACAUCAUGAUUGCCAUUUAUGGGAAAAACUUCUGCGUCUCAGCCAAAAAUGCUUUCAUGCUGCUCAUGAGAAACAUAAUAAGGGUCGUGGUCCUCGAUAAAGUGACAGACCUGCUGCUGUUCUUUGGGAAGCUCCUGGUGGUCGGAGGAAUCGGCGUGCUGUCCUUCUUUUUCUUCUCUGGUCGAAUCCUGCUGCCGGGCAGCACCUUCCACUCUGAGACCCUCAACUACUACUGGAUGCCAAUCAUUGCGGUGGUGUUUGGUAGCUACCUUAUAGCUCAUGGAUUCUUCAGCGUGUACAACAUGUGUGUCGACACACUCUUCCUCUGCUUCUUGGAGGACUUGGAGCGUAACGAUGGAUCUCUACAGAAGCCAUAUUUUAUGUCCAAAAACCUCAUGAAGAUCCUCAACAAAUCCAACAAAGUACCAAAAAGAGACAAAAGGAAGGACUGAAGUUCAUGAAACCAUGAUUUUUUUUUAAAAAUCAUUUUAAGAUGCCGUCUUUUUCCACAUUUGUUUACCAGAACUAAUCAAUUUUGCACAUUUUAAUAUAUUUUCUUAUUUUAUUGCGCAUGUGCAUUUGUAGUAUUAACGAAUGUACACGUGAAAGAAUGCAGGUGAUGUGGAAUCUGCAUCUGCAUUUGUUAAUAUAUGUAUAUUUACAAAACUCAAACCCAAAAUAUUUCUUCUGUUGUUCUUAAUUUCUUAUUGUUCCUGCCGCUCAACGUUAACUCUUUCUGUUGCGGAUAUUUUAGGGUGAUUUCAACAUGCGUCAUUUAAUAUAUUUUUUUCUUUUAUCUAUUUUUGCUGAGAAUCUACUAUAGAUGACUCCUGUGAUGUGAGUUCUUCAGAUGGAACAAAAAAAAAAAGGCAAAAUAAAAAUGUUCUUAAUAUAUUUUUAGAUAUUAUUUGUAAAAAGUUUUAUAAAUACAAACAUUUUUAUGGCUGCAAUGUACUUGAUUAUAUUGAAAAUAAUGAAAUAAAGUUGUAAUAUGACUGUA